AUGUCACACUUCUAAAGAAAAUGAAUAUAAAACAGGACUAUUACCCCUGUGUCAAAUUUCAGGUUCCUGUCGUAAUCACCGAAUCAGUGGCUUCUAUUGAAAUUCAGGUGACAGGCCAGAACCUGUUCCUGAACAAGACAACGAAGAUCCUCAUCACGCCUUCGACUCAACUGACUUUCAUUCAGACGGACAAACCAAUUUAUAAACCGGGACAAACAAUUUACUUCCGCAUCGUGUCUCUGGAUUCCAGUUUCCGCAUCUACAAUCAGAUGAUUCCAAUAAUAGAAGUGCAGGACCCGAACUCCAACCGCAUCGGUCAGUGGCUGAACGUCACCAUGAACAGCGGCCUUGUGGAUCUGUCAUACCCCAUAAACUCUGAGGCCACAAAAGGAUUUUAUGCGAUCACAAUCUGGAACGAGAAAAAUGAGAAGAUCUACAAAACGAUUGAAGUCAGGGAUUACGUGCUGCCCACGUUCGAAGUGACCGUCCAACUUCCUCCAGUCAUAACCAUCCUAGACACUUAUGCUACGCUGAAAGUUAACGCCAAAUAUACAUACGGGAAGCCGGUGAAUGGUACGGUGAAGGCCACCGUCUGCCAUAACAGUUACAGAUACUGGUGGUUCUCGCGAGACAGCUCAAGCAUGUCAGACGUCUGCAAGAACUUUACCAUGAAGACUGAUAAGACAGGAAGUGCACAAUGGGUUUUAAAUCUAAAUGAAUUUGCAUUAACUGAUUCACGCUAUGAAAAUGUCUUCAAUGUUCAGAGUACAGUGGAGGAAUAUGGCACUGGUGUGAUCAUGUCUGGUUCUGGCAGCUCAACUAUAACAUCUAAUAUCAUCACGCUGUCGUUUGAGGAUUCGCCCUCAACGUUUAAACUCGGAAUGAUGUACGAGGGAACGAUCAAGGUGACCGGCCCAGACUCCAAUCCUAUGCAAAAUAAAGUAGUGUUUCUGACUGUACAAUAUGGUAAAGAUAAAAAUUCAGUCAAGAAGCUGAUCACAGAUGACAAAGGCAUCAUAAGAUUUUUCCUCAACACUGAACCAUGGGGUCUGGAUUCAGUUACUUUACAGGCUCAGUAUGAGAUGACCAACAGACCAGUUGUAGAUGUGCAGAAUCAGCUCACACCACAGUAUCCCUCAGCGUUCCUCUCUCUUCAGCCUUUUUACUCCAACAGUCUGAGUUUUAUUCAGCUGAAGAGCAGCUUGAAGCCUUUCAGCUGCAAUAAACAUGCUGUUAUUGAAGCUCAGUACCUGAUACAUGACAAUGCACACCGACAACACCAGAACACCUUCUCCUUCUUCUACAUGGUGAUGUCCAAAGGGCAUUUGGUUCAGCAUGGAAGUCUUCUGGCUCCCAUAAAGCCUGGAGGAGUGCAAAAGGGUUCGCUGUUUCUGUCACUGGAGAACAUGCUGGAGCUCUCACCAGUAGCUCAAGUGGUCCUGUACACAAUCCUUUCCACGGGUGAGGCCGUGGCAGACAGCAUGGACUUCCACAUCCAGCUGUGUUUGCCUAACAAGGUGUCUCUGAAUUUCUUACAAUCUUCUGAGCUUCCUGGUGGUCAGGCGUUACUGAUGCUGCGAGCAGCUCCAGGAUCCCUGUGUUCAGUGAGAGCCAUUGAUCAGAGUCUGCUACUGCUGCAACCAGAGACCGAGCUCAACACUGAAUCUGUGUUUAACAUGCUGCCUGUCCAGUCGUUAUCCGGAUAUCCAUACAGCGUUUAUGAUGAGGAUUCAAACCAGUGUUCUUGGAAUCGCCCCAUCAUGGAGAACAUAGCUAUAGCACCAAGAUUUGGUUAUUAUCCUAACUACGGAAAAAUUGACGUGUACAACACCUUUAAAGAUAUUGGAAUCAAAAUCAUGACCAAUGCCAUAAUUCAGAAACCUUCUGAGUGUUUAUACAAUGUUAUGUAUUUGAGUGAAGCUGCAGGUGUAAACGCACCGCUCGCUUUUGCCAGAGGAGAUUCUUCGAGUUCCUCACAAUCCGUUGUUACGAUACGCAAAUUUUUCCCAGAGACGUGGAUCUGGGAUCUCGUUUUAGUCAGUCAGACUGGAGGGAUGGGCGUUACUAAAACGGUCCCAGACUCCAUCACAACGUGGCAGGCAGACGCCUUUUGUACCUCACCUAUCGGGUUUGGAGUCGCCCCGAAAACCGAGCUCACAGCCUUCCAGCCUUUCUUUGUGAGCCUCACCAUGCCAAGCUACGUCAUCCGAGGAGAAGUUUUCACGCUCAAAACCACCGUCUUCAACUACCUCCAAAGCUGUAUGAUGGUAAAGGUGAGUUUAACCGACUCAAAACAGUUCUCAGUGCAUGAGUGCAGUGCAGGAUGUAGUUUCAAACAGUGUCUGUGUGCUGAUGAGAGCUGGACCAUCUCAUGGACCAUCACACCACUGGUUCUCGGAGAGGUGAGCAUCAAUGUGACGGCUGAAGCCAUUCAGUCCUCGAUUCUGUGUGGAAAAAUUGCGGUUUUUGUACCAGAGAAAGGACGCAUUGACACAAUCAUUAAAACACUGCUGGUGAAGGCUGAAGGAGCAAAACAAUAUAAAAGCUACAAUGAACUACUUUGUACAGAUGGAAAUGCUGUUGAAAAGAAGGUCUCGCUGAACCUGCCUGAUGUGUUCGUGUCUGGUUCAGCCGUGGCUUCAGUCUCUGUUCUGGGAGAUCUGAUGGGUCGAGCUCUACAGAACCUGGCGAGUCUCCUGGCGAUGCCGUACGGUUGUGGAGAGCAGAACAUGCUGCUUUUCGCCCCCGACAUCUUCAUCCUGGAGUACCUGGAGAGCACCAACCAGCUCACACCUGCAAUCAGGAGCACAGCUGAGACCUUCCUCGUGAGCGGAUACCAGAGAGAACUGACCUACAAGCACAAUGAUGGGUCUUACAGUGCUUUUGGGAUGAGCGAUGCAUCAGGCAACACCUGGCUGACAGCGUUCGUGAUGAAGUCUUUCGGAAAUGCGAAGAGAUACAUUUUUGUGGAUCAGGAGCUUGUGGAUCAGGCGAAGGCCUGGCUCGGUCAACAGCAGCAGGAAAACGGAUGCUUCGCCUCAGUAGGACAACUUAUACACACCGAUAUGAAGGGAGGAGUGAAUGAUGAAGUGACCCUCUCAGCGUACAUCACUGCUGCAAUGCUGGAUCUCGGCUACACGAGUACGGAUCCUGUGGUGAGCAAAGGUCUCGAUUGCCUGAGGAACGCGUACACUCAGGUGAACUCCACCUACACCAAUGCUCUUCUCUUCUACACCUUCACCCUCGCUGGAGAUUCAGCGAUGAGGAACACACUGAUCUCGGGUCUGGAUGCAAAGGCCAUAAUCUCAGGAGGUGGAAGGCACUGGAGCAGAGAGGAUGGUGGGUCUGUGGUGGACUCUUUGGAGGUGGAGAUGACCUCGUAUGUGCUUCUGGCUCUGAUGUCUGGACCAUUAUUGUCUGGGUUUGAUCUGGGUUACAGCUCCAGCAUCGUAUACUGGCUUUCCCAGCAGCAGAACGCCUUCGGGGGCUUCGCGUCUACACAGGACACUGUGGUGGCUCUCCAGGCUCUGGCCAAGUACAGUCUGGCCACCUUCAGUCCAUCAGGAACUCUUACUGUUACUGUAACAUCACCAUCAGGACAGAUUACCACGUUUACCAUCAAUCAGAGUAACAGGCUGCUGUAUCAGGAGAGUCAGCUGCAGGAGCUUCCUGGAGAUUAUAACAUCAGAGCAGAAGGGAAAGGAUGUGUGUACGUGCAGUUUACUUUGAGCUACAACAUCCCUCCUCCUCCUGACGCCUCUUCAUUUACUGUCUCAGCCUCAGCAUCUGGAAACUGCAAUGUCCCAAAUCCCUCUCUGGAACUAACCAUAACUGUCAUGUAUAAGGGUCAGCGUGUGGAGACCAACAUGGUGGUCAUCAAAGUGAAUCUUCUUUCUGGAUUCAGCGUGGAUGAGACGUCUGUGCGUCUUGUGAAAAGCAACUCGAACUCGACCAAUGGAUCUGUGAAGCGUGUGGAUCAAACUGAUGGUGAAGUCAUUAUCUAUCUGAAUGGACUGACAAACGGAGAUGAGAUGGUCUACAGCCUGACCACUGUGCAGGCCUUCGCAGUGGAGAACCGGAAACCUGCUGUAGUGAUGGUUUACGACUAUUACGAGACUGGAGAUUCUGCUCUAACUGACUACACCUCACCAUGUACUUAAUACAGAAAAUCUGCUGUUUCCUCUGAUAUUUUCUUCAUACUUUUAUCCAUCGUAAAACGUUUCACAAGUUUAAUAACUAUAAUAAAUAAUGGUUUUAUUUUACUUAAAGAAAAAUAUCUUAUCAGCUUAACUGUGCAGUGUGACUUGAUUUGGUGUGACUCAAACACAAUGCAGAAUAUAAAACAAAGAAACAGGGACUUGUAAUCUCACUUCACAAUGUACAAUGUCCUGAGAAGGAAUGUUGGAAAAUAAAUUAAAUGCCACU